CGUUGGGCUGCUCGUCGAAGUCCCGCCCUCAGGGCCUCACACUGCUCCUCCCCCACCCUCCCGCCAUCCGUUCCGGCGGCGGCGACUCAUGUGGGGGUUCGGGCUCCUGCGGUCGCCGCCGCUGCUGCUCCUGCUGCCGCAGCUCGGACUCGGAAUCGCCGCCUCACGCUCUCCGGCCGGAACCAUGAACUUGGGCGGCGGCGGCUCUGCGCAGUGCUCCCCCACGGCCGAGGGGCGCCGACUCCAGUGCCUGCGUCUGUCCGCGGUGCCGGGAGUCGACCCGCAGCGCAGCAACGAGGUGCUCCUGCUGGCGUCGGCGGGGGAACCGGAGCGGCGGGAUCUCUCUGGGGACCUGGCGAAGGAGGAGCUGCCGCCGCCGCCCCAGCAUCACGUUGUCUAUUUCCCCGGGGACGUGCAGAAUUAUCAUGAAAUUAUGACUCAUCAUCCUGAAAAUUAUCAGUGGGAAAACUGGAGUCUAGAAAAUGUUGCCACCACUUUAGCCCACCGGUUCCCCAAUAGUUAUAUUUGGGUGAUAAAGUGUUCCCGAAUGCAUUUGCACAAAUUCAGCUGCUAUGACAAUUUUGUGAAAAGUAAUAUGUUUGGUGCUCCAGAACACAGUACUGACUUUGGAGCUUUUAAGCACCUUUAUACAUUAUUAGUUAAUGCUUUUAACUUAAGUCAGAACAGUUUGCUAUCAAAGAAGAGUGUGAAAGAGUUGAAUAAGGACUCCAAAGCAUCUAAUCGUAGAUCCAGUUCUUCUCAUACUAAUGGUUGCCAGGGAGAAAAAGAGAGCCCCUGUGAAAACUUUGAUGCGUCUGCGAUGAGUUUUUAUCCACCAUCACUAAAUGGUGCUGCUUUUACUUUAAUUGGAUUCAGUAAAGGCUGUGUCGUUUUGAAUCAGUUGCUUUUUGAAUUGAAAGAAGCUAAGAAAGACAAGAACAUAGAUGCUUUUAUCAACAGCAUAAGAACAAUGUACUGGCUGGAUGGUGGACAUUCUGGAGGAAGCAAUACUUGGAUUACUAAUCCAGAAGUCUUGAAAGAAUUUGCACAAACAGGGAUUAUUGUUCACACCCACGUAACACCUUACCAAGUACGUGAUCCAAUGAGAUCUUGGAUUGGAAAGGAACACAAGAAAUUUGUUCAGAUACUUGGAGAUUUAGGUAUGCAGGUGACUAACCAAAUACAUUUUGUAAAGGAAGUUCCUUCCAUAGAGAAUCACUUCAGGGUUCAUGAAGUAUUUUGAGAAUAUUAAUGUACUUGUUCCAUGGAAGAGAAAAAGCACUUUUUUAUAAAUUCAGAUGAGAUGCACUUCAUAGAUAAUGCAUCCAUGUUUGGGUGGGAGGGAACACACAUUCCUAAAAUAUGAGUAUAAUGUGCAAUAGUAUUUCUUGCCUCUGAAUGUGAAGUUUUUAAUUUGGACUGGGUUAGAAUUAGUUUUAAAUCUAGAAGGUGGUUUGUGAUAAUCCUGAGGAGAUAUAUAAGACCCUUAAUCAAAGUUACAAUAUAGUCCUUACAAAAGGAAUUAAAAUUGUUAUUGUUAGAAAUAGUUUAUUUUCUGAGUAAUGUUUAAAACUAAUUUUGGUGGCAUUUUAACAGUUAUUAGUGAUUCUGGCACUGAAAACUUUUGAGUGGAAACACUCCAUUUCUCUUCAAACAAAGCAAAAGCACACAGAUAUUUUCCAUCAUUUUGGAAUAACUGUACCCUGCCUUUAUGUUUUGUAAACUUAUGGAAUCAUUCUUUAGUGUGCCACCAAGUGUUUUUUCUCAAGAGUCAAAAUAUAUUUGUUUCCAAAUAUCCAAGAAUGUGCAGUAGUGUAAAGUUGGUUUUUAAAAACAUUACACUUAAGCACUGUGGCUAAAUUUUUAAUUGACAACUUUUGGCUAAGACAUUUUGGAGUUUCUUAAAUCUUGGCUGAAAACCAGUUCUUUGGGGGAAAUUAUUUUAAAGUGAACAUAAUUAUGUAUAUUGGGUAAAAAUAUAUUACAGAUUGAAAAUUUUUUCAUAUCAAUCUUUUGAGAGAGAUCAACUUAGGUAAAAUAAAUAUAUAACACUCUAUUUGUUAGUGCUCUGUUGACAGGGGGACAGAUUCUAUAGAUCUAAGUCAGUGUUUCUCCAGAAGCAUGAUUUUGUCUGCCAAAAGAAAGCAGCUCUCUUUGGCCAGAAUGCAAAAAUUAUAUUGCUGUAAGAAAAGUUACAAGGAAAAGUUUGAAGACACAUGACUUAAUUUUGGCUCAAAAACUGAAUUUACUUAACACUACUACAUAAUUUGGGUGAGGUUUCCUUCUGCCUCUUUCUCUUGACCUAGAUAAAUACAUUUUGAGAAACCAAGAUCUAAUUAAUGUCAACCAACACUGAAACAUAGCUGUGUGAUUAAAAUAAAAGGUGAGUGGUCACUUUAUAAUUAGCUUUUGUGGGGUAUGAAAUAAAGCAGGGAAGUAACAUGCUGCUUUCAGACUAAAAAAAAAAAAAGACUGAAGCUUAAUAUCUUAAUAACCCAGAGGACCUAAAUUUAUAAAACAGUAUGGAGUGAAAAUGUUAAUUCGUGUUUUCUCCCUAGAAUUAUAUUUUAAUACUAUAAACACAUUCCAAAUAUUCAGGGACUUAUGAGAAAGGAUUCUUACCACACGCAUAAAAAUAACAUCCUUUAAUUCUAUAAAUUACAGAAUAGUAUGUUAUUUUUAAGGACAAAGUAGUUUUAUAUUGCUUCAGUUUCUUUAAAUACCUGUUGUUUGAGACCCAAGUUUGUAACAAGGAAACAAGUCAGCCUGAUUCCAGCAUUUUAUUACCAUAAUUGAUUGACUUAAUGUUUCAUAAUCCUUGGUUAACUUCAUGUGUAUCUGAUGUAAAAUAGCUAAGUUACUGAAUGUUCUAAUGAGGGCGGAAGGAAAGGCAUUUAUUUUUAUACGAUUAACUACAAUGGAAAGGGGACUUUCAGAAUUCAUUACCAAAAAAAACAAGGUAUUUAAAAAUCUGGGUUCUUUAGCUAUUCAGUCAUGUGAAUGCUUAUUGUUAUAUGUUCAAUGAAUAUUAAAAAUAAGUCACUGGACACCUGGAACUACCAUACCAUCAAAAUGACAGUUGAAAAGUAGAGUGUUUCUUGAAUUAAGAUAUUCAAGUUGAUCCAUAUUCAAAUACUUGACUACUUCAAAUUUGUUCUUUCUCCACAUUUGUUUAAAACUAUUGUAAAUGUUAGUAUGUUCUUUUGGAUUGUGCCUUUAUGUUUGUGUCAUGAGUCAACUGAGAAAAGUCAUACAAGUAAUGUGAAAGUUACUGCCACAGCAUGAAUGUACAAUUGUAUUAAAUUUAAUCCACAGAAGUCUGUUUUGAUGUGUUUUAUGUUACCAGAGUUGUUAAAACUUCAUAUCAUUAUUUGGAAGGAAGCUGAUUCUCUCCACUUUGCCAGUUUGGAUUUGUGUUUUCAUUAAUCCCCAUGUUCUUUUCAAAUGACUGACUUUGAACCUUUCCUAUAAAAGUAUCUCUUCUCUGCUUUAUAUUGCUCCACAAAAAUUUGCAUAAUUUCCAUCUUUUUUGUUGGGAUUGCUCAGAGAACAAAAUAUCUCAAAAAUAAGUUCUUCCUUUUCUGCGCUAAUUAUCUCAGCUAUCCGUAUUCCUUUAGUUCUCCUUAAGAGACUUGGUUAGAAUAUAGUGUGAUUCCCCCCCCCCAUUCCAUUCAUAUAAUAUCUAAGCACCCACCAAGGUCAAGGAAAGUCUAAGCACUAAGGAUACAUAGUACAGACAAAACAGUCCCAGCAUGAGUACAGGAAUGUGUAAGGUCUAAGAGAUAAAAUAAUGAAACAAAAGGUAGUAUUCUUAUAAUCACUGUUGUGUUACAUACAUUUUAAGGGCCUUUGAAAGAAAAAUGUUUUACAGGGUAAGAUAUACAUGUAGAUAGACCUCAUCUGUAAAUUCAGAUUGCUUUUCACAAAGGCAGAGGCCUAGUAGCUUUGGCAGACACAGGCAUAAUAAUUUAGAUGGUCAUUUUAAUAUCUCAUUUAAUGGAAUUUUUAAAAAUAGAAUACAAUUUAGGUGUAUUUAAGACAUCCAAACACUUCAUGGUCUGUGUGCUUGAAGUAAGACUUCAAAGUAACACCAGAUAUGUGGGUGACUGCCAAUGUAUGUUAGUUCCUCCUGGCUACAUCUGUUUUUCAGCACUGAGGAGUCACCUCAGUAUAGUUGCAACUCCAUCCACACCUGCAUUCUGGCUUCCUUCAUUUUUUUUUUUUUUUUUUUUGGUCAGCUUCUGAAACAGCUUAGAUACCUGCUAUCAACUUUAGGUGAGAGAAAAGCCUUGUUACUAAAGUUUAUAAAUGUUCACCUAGCUGCUAUUUAAAAGAACAAAAAGAUACAAAAUAAGCCUGGUGGAUUUUGUUUCCCAUGUUCUAAUUAUUGAAUAGAAUUCCAUUGUGAUUAUGUACCAAGACAAAUACUGUUCAUGAAAAGUGAAUUAUAAUCUCAGGUAAUUUUUAAAUAUUUCUAAUAGCUAAGGGGCAAAAAAAUUUAAAUAAUAGACAACUGCAGAUUCCAGUCUGCCCACCUACUUGUCUAACCUCAGAGGUAGUCACUAUCACUGGUUCCUUGUGUAUCCUUGCAGUGAUAAUUCUGUGUACAAAUAUACAGGGGUAGGUUUACUGUUGUAUAUAAAAGUUUAUUCUUACAUGUAUUAUAACUGUAAAACUACUUUUGCCCACCCCCAUAUGUUUACUUAUAUCUUUGUUUUACAUAAAUGGCUGCAUUACCAUACCAAUAAUUUCAAACCUGUUUAAUUACCUUGGAAAAACUCCUUGCCAGUAUGUAUGUAUGCGUGUGUAUCUGCCUCCUCCUCUGCAUAGUAUUCCAUUUUUACAUUACACUCUGUUGUCUACCUGUUCAUCAUCAUUAGUCUUACUUUGUAUCCCUUGUCUAUGCAGCAAGCAGCACAAUGAGAAGUUUUGCUGGCACAGGAGAACUAUUCCUUUGUGGGUCAGGUCAGGCCCUGAAAAUAUAGCCAAAGAAUAACUAUAUAAUGUACUCAGAAGUAUUGGAGAUGAGCUGCACUUAAAGGAGGAAGAAUGGAGAAUUACUAAUCUGGUCACAACUGUAAUUCCAGUUUCUAUAUCCUAGCUGUGAGCCUGGACAACUUAAGCAAUCUGGACUGAUUAGAUGAUUUCUGAAAUCUCUUUCAGCAAUAAAAUUCUAGGGUUUUUUGUUGUUUUUCCCUUCCCAAAGGAAAAAGAAUCUUUUAAGGAGUGCUUAUCCUAAGUAACCAAAUAAUAAAAAUCUAACAAUUA